AUGGACGACGAGCUGUUCGAUGUCUUCGACGAGAAGGCAGCCAAACCCACCAAGAAAGGCAACAAGAAGAGGUCCCUCAAUGGCGAUAUUAAGAGUUCCCAAAAUGGAGACACGAUCAUGACCGAUGCGCGCGAUGUCGCAGUGGACGCAGAAACCGACCGCGAUGCAUCAGUGCGUAGCCAGAAGCGCCAGCGAAAAGACGACGAGCCCGAGCCGAUUAUCACAGAUACAUUUGAAACUGAGCAGUCUCGAGAAGUCGCAGCGGCGGCUGGUCUACAGGCCUCGAAGGAUGAUACAGCGGUCGUGUUGCAACAUCAGGUCCGCCAUCAGGUCUCACUGCCGCCCGACUACGAAUAUGUCCCUAUCUCGAAUCACCAGCGCCCCGAAGAGCCUGCACGCACCUGGCCCUUCACCCUCGAUCCCUUCCAAGAGGUUUCCAUUGCAUCCAUUGAGCGAAAUGAGAGUGUUCUCGUAUCGGCGCACACAAGUGCUGGCAAGACGGUGGUAGCUGAGUACGCGAUCGCGCAGUGCUUGAAGAACAACCAGCGAAUCAUCUACACAAGUCCAAUCAAGGCCCUCAGCAAUCAGAAGUAUCGCGAGUUCAAUGCCGAGUUUGGAGAUGUUGGUCUCAUGACUGGAGAUGUCACGAUCAAUCCAACCGCGACCUGUUUGGUGAUGACCACGGAGAUUUUGCGGUCUAUGCUCUACCGUGGUAGCGAGAUCAUGCGCGAGGUGGCUUGGGUUGUCUUCGAUGAGGUACAUUACAUGCGGGACAAGUCAAGAGGAGUUGUUUGGGAAGAGACGAUCAUUUUACUUCCGGACAAGGUGCGAUACGUCUUUCUGUCUGCCACAAUACCCAACGCCAUGCAGUUCGCGGAGUGGAUCACGAAGACACACAACCAACCUUGUCACGUUGUAUACACCGACUUCCGACCUACGCCACUCCAACACUACUUCUUUCCAUCCGGUGCAGAUGGCAUCCAUCUGAUUGUGGACGAGAAAGGUGUUUUCCGAGAAGAGAACUUCAAUAAGGCCAUGUCAUCUAUCGCUGAGAAAGCUGGCGAUGAUGGAUCAGACCCUUUGGCCAAGCGGAAGGGGAAGGGCAAGGACAAGAAGACCAACAAGGGAGGACGCAAGGACGGUCCUACGGACAUCUACAAGAUCGUGAAGAUGAUUAUGAUGAAGAACUACAAUCCUGUCAUCGUGUUCUCAUUCUCAAAGCGCGAAUGCGAGAACUACGCUCUGCAGAUGAGCCAGUUGGCAUUCAACGACGAAUCGGAAAAGGCGAUGGUUUCUAAAGUGUUCUCGUCGGCGAUAGAGUCGCUGUCUGAUGAAGACAAGGAGCUCCCCCAGAUCCAACACAUCCUGCCACUUCUGCGCCGUGGUAUUGGCAUUCAUCAUUCCGGUCUUCUCCCCAUUUUGAAAGAGACCAUUGAGAUUCUCUUCCAAGAGGGUCUCAUCAAAGUUCUCUUCGCUACUGAGACCUUCUCCAUCGGUCUCAACAUGCCGGCGAAGACCGUCGUGUUCACAUCCGUGCGGAAAUUCGACGGUGUCUCUUUAAGAUGGGUGACGCCCAGUGAGUUCAUUCAAAUGUCUGGACGUGCCGGACGUAGAGGGCUCGAUGAGCGCGGUAUCGUCAUCAUGAUGAUUGAUGAGCAAAUGGAACCGACUAUCGCGAAGGAGAUCGUCAGAGGCGAGCAAGACAAGCUUAACAGCGCCUUCUAUCUUGGCUACAACAUGAUCUUGAACUUGAUGCGCGUUGAGGCUAUCAGUCCGGAGUUCAUGCUCGAGAGAUGUUUCUUUCAAUUUCAAAACGCAGCUUCCGUGUCCGGACUGGAAAAGGAGCUCGUCGAACUCGAGCAGAAGCGUGCCGACAUGAUUAUUGACAACGAGGCGGAGAUCAAGGAGUAUUACGACCUUCGGCAGACUUUGACCAAUUAUGCCAACGAAAUGAAGGCGGUCAUCACACAUCCUCAGUAUUUGCUGAAGUUCCUGCAGGCCGGCCGUCUUGUCAAGAUCAAGUACAAGGACUACGACUUUGGCUGGGGAGCAGUGGUGAAUUUCAUGAAGUGCCGUCUCCAGAAAGGCCAGAAAGAGGAGGACUUACCGCCAUCACAGUCCGUCGUUGUCGAUGUUCUUAUGAACGUCGCAGCAGAGGUCGUGCCGCCGCCUCCUGGCUCGAAGCUGACGGAAGACCUUCCCCCGGGUAUUCGACCACCGGCUCCUGGUGAGAAGGGUAAGAUGGAAGUUGUGCCUGUUAUGAAUGGCACAAUUGACAGCGUUGGCCACCUGCGCGUCUUCCUGCCAAACGAUCUGCGCACACAGGAUCAGAAGAACACCGUCCGCAAAGCUUUGGAAGAGAUUGCCCGUCGAUUCCCCGACGGCAUCGCGAUUCUCGACCCGAUUGAGAACAUGGGAAUCAACGACGACGGCUUCAAAAAGCUGCUUCGCAAGAUCGAAGUGCUUGAACACAAGCUGCUCUCCUCUCCACUGCACAAGUCAGAGCAGCUGCCAGGGCUAUACGAGCAGUAUGCAGCCAAGAUGGAGAUCACUCAGCAGAUAAAGGCAGUCAAGAAAAAGAUCGCCGAUGCUCUGUCUGUACUACAGCUGGAUGAGCUAAAGAAUCGCAAGCGUGUCCUGCGACGUAUCGGAUUUGUUAAUGACGCCGAUGUUGUUCAGCUGAAGGCCCGCGUUGCUUGUGAGAUCUCCACCGGCGAUGAACUCGUUCUCUCUGAGCUCUUGUUUAAUCGCUUUUUCAACGAGCUGUCUCCAGAGCAGUGUGCAGCUGCACUCAGCUGCUUCAUCUUCGAAGAAAAGAGCGAAGAUCCAGAGACCAUCCGCGAAGAAUUGGCAAAGCCUUUUCGGGAAAUUCAAGCGCAGGCUCGUCAAGUGGCCAAGAUCAGCACCGAAAGCAAGGUCGUUAUCAAUGAAGAGGAAUAUCUUCAGACCUUCAAGCCUCAGCUGAUGGAGGUCGUCUUCUCAUGGUGCAACGGCGCAAGCUUUGCACAGAUCUGGUAGGUAUUGAUUCCAAAGUUUCGACUAUAAAUGCUGACCUGAUCCAGCAAAAUGACGGACGUAUACGAAGGCAGUCUGAUCAGACUAUUCCGCCGUCUCGAAGAAUUACUGAGACAAAUGGCGCAGGCCUCGAAGGUCAUGGGUAGCGAGGAGCUGGAACAGAAGUUCGAGACGGCACUGAGUAAGGUAAGACGUGACAUUGUCGCAGCGCAGAGCUUGUACCUCUAG